UCCCCCCGUCGCCGCGGCACUGGCCGCGCCGAUGCGGCGUCCGCGCCGGGGGCCCCGCGGCAGGGCGGCAGUGCUGGCGGGCGCGGCGCUGGCGUGCAGCGCGCCCGGGGCGCUGGCCGCGGGGGGCGGUGGCGAUCCCGUCUUCCAGCUGAAGAGCACCAAGCUGGACAGUGUCCAGUUCUGGAUCAUCCUAGCGGGGAUGAUCUUCUAUGGGCUGCUGAUAGAUCGCGUGCAGGCCUUCGUGCAGGCAAAGGUUGAACACAACCGCUGCAGCAAGAUGAUCUUUGAGCGGACCAUCACGGAGUUCAUGGUGUUCGGCAUCGUGGCUAUCACGAUCUUCGUGGCAACAAACGUAGAUCCGGCGUUGGAUGACAAGUUCCCCUACUGCACAACGCACCUCACCUUCGCCGACGUUCUGGUCUCGUUCGCCGCGUGCUCUCUGAUCGUGCUGGGCGCGCUCUACGCGUGGAUGAGGCACCGCACGGCUGAGCAUCUGCAAGGCUUCGAAGGGGCGGCGCACAAUGACACAGCAAUUCCCAAAAUGGGAGCCUGGACCCCGAUGACUGUCAAGCAGCAGAGCGUCUUCUAUGAGCGGCAUGGUCUGACGACAACGGAGUUCAAUUGGAACAUGUACUUCCAGGAGUCCCUCGCUCACCAGAUCUGCGACAUCAUCAAUAUUACCUGGGUGACCUGGCUCGUCACUUUCGUCGCCCUGGUCCCUAUGGUAUUAUAUAAGGGCUUCGUUGGUAUUGACCCUGUCGGUCUUCAAGCAUACGUGAAUGGAUUCAUGGUCACGACGUGGAUAUUUGGUGCUCUCACGCUUCUCACUGUGUUCAAGAUCAGGCAGCUCCGUGGAAAGCUGUACAAGUCCGUGGACGGGUACCUGAAACAGCGACGCCCUGCUGAGGUGGACGAGAGUAGCGAGGACGAGACUGAGCAUGUUGACCUCGAAGAACUUGAGGAAGAUAUGCAUUGGUGGUGCGAGUUCCUCGCGUGGCUUCUGCAGUUCGAGUCGCUGAGCGUGUGCUUCUUGUUGGGCAUGUAUGUCAUGCACAUCAUGUACAACCUGAAAAAGAGCAGCACCGACUUGGAUUACCCUGUAUGGGUGUACCACGCCAGCUUCCUAGUUCCACUCCUAGGGUCCUUGUUGUUCUUGUUCCCACUGGGCCUGGUGGAGCUGACUUCCAUCCAGGCGUUCACCACGCCCGACAUGGAGAUGCUCCACACUAUCUGCGACGAGGUCCGUCAGGCUCACACGGAUCUCUGCUUCAUCCGCGAAAAAGUUGUAGGUUAUUCAUCAGCCAAAAAAGAUGAAGCAAUUGCGUGGGCGACGGAAAGGCUGCUUGAAGAGAACGGCGACCGUACCAUCACGAGGUCGGAUAUGCAGCGCGUCUUGCUCGCGAUCGAUGUCCGUCUCCCCAUGCUGCGGGCCUUAAAGGUUUUUGAUCUCGUGGACCAGGAGCACGAGGCCAAGAGCGACGACGAGGAAGACGUGUUGCUGAAGGUGAAGAACUGCUUCGAAGACGCCACGGACAAACAGAUCCCGAUCGUCGAUCUGCUGGACAGCGCCUUCAAGGCGCAGAUGGAUGGCAAGUCGGCCUAGUUGCACCAAUGAGAAGAAGGAAUGCCCGCAGUGCGGUCGCAUGCGUAGCAGGUUCUUUACGUAGUACCGCGUACACUCCAGGCGCAGCCUCACUUGUCGUUCAUGAGAGGUUGUUGAUAUUGCCGUCACCUUGCGCGCGCAAAGCGCGAACACAUACGCCCGACGUUUUUUGUUUAGUUGGAUCGCAUCCAUUGGAGGUCAGGGUGGCGUGGUAAUCCGUGCUUGUUUGUGUCUAUCAGCAUGCCCCUUGCGUGGUGAUUCACGGAACUUUUUACAUUAUUGCUAGUUGUUGCGUUGGUUGGCUGGUGCCCCCGAGCUCACAAUCUGUCUUGGGGGACGUCGCGCUUCCAGCUCGCCUUUUGUUGUGCGUAUCCGCGGGGAGUUGGCUGGAUGCCUAAUUUUGGUUUCGACCUGAGGUGUUGCGAUCCGCCGGCCCGCGGCAGGCACUGGGGGGGAUUUUUCAUUAUGUUUCACGCGCUCGCUCUCUCUCUCUCUCUCUCUCUCAGGCCACUGUUCAUCUCAUGAGUUUACCUGUCGCAGGUCGGCGUUUGGAUUGCACCGGGUUUGCCUGGCGAGACUUUGAAUCGCAUGGCCAUUGAGGACGUGCAGAGUGGAGUGCAUGUGUCUGCAUGGAAAAAUGAUCAGCGUGC